AUGUCAUCAAAUUUGUACUCAUUCUCAUCAGAUACCUUGUCUGAAUUGAAAAAGUUUAGAUUUGAAAGUGCCAGAGUCAAUAAGCCUCAGGCAUUGAUUUAUUUAAUCGAUAAGGAGUCCAAUGAGAUCAAGAAGCAAGAAGUUGAAGAGCUGAUAGACUCAUUAGAGUCAUUAGUCGAAGAGCUUCCUGAUAACAAUCCUCGAUACAUAUUAUUGUCAUAUCCAAUAAAGACUAGUGAUGGUCGAUUACAAUCUCCGUUGGUCAUGUUGUAUUGGAUCCCACCCACUACAAACCAGGCAAAUAGAAUGUUGUAUGCCGGUGCUGUUGAACAGUUUAGAGAUAAAGCUGGAGUAUCAAAGUUAAUCAAAGUUGAAGAUGAAGAUGAUUUUGAAGAUAUUGAGGAACAAUUAGUUUAA